GCUCAAUUACACCUCCGUCAACAUCAAGCUCAUCCAUACAUCGUAAGCGUAACACUGCCGCUCAUCAAAAACAACAUUCACCCAUGUUAACAACAGCUUCAAGUGAUCCAGAUUCAAUUUCACGAUCUGCUGAAAAUCUAUCGAUUCAACAAAACAUCAUGGAUGAUAUAUGGGAUUUAAAUAAACAAAUUGGAGAUUUAAUACAAAUGGAAUUUCAUUAUAGGCAGAGAAAGCCAACGACAACAACAUCGACAGCAGCAACAAAAACAGUCUCAGCGAUGAAAAAAUAUCAAUCAUCUCCUCAUGGUACCUUGAUAUCGGGAUCUAGAAGUUCAGCACCAAAUGUACGAGUCGAAGAGAAUAAAACGCCAGCUGAUAUUAAGAUUAAACAAUCCACCGACGAUGCAACAUCAACUGUCCAACCUGUAAAAUCUGGAAAAUAUACAUCGCCUAGAAAACAUCCAUUCCGUUGGUCAAGUCGUUCAAGACCAUCUCAUAAGAAAAUGAUAUUAGCGCAUACACAAUCAGCCAGUGGAGGUGAUGCCAGUCAUUAUCAUCUUACUGCUAAAGAUGACAAUUCAACUUAUCAGUCGUCAAGUUCUUUACAGCAACACCAACAGUCCACACCUGUCAAAUCGAUUAUCAAUACAAAUUAUGGUAAUAAUUAUAAUAAUGUUAUAACGCCUAUAUAUACUUCACCAAUUACCAGUACGCAUCAACCGACACUGUCCAGUCGAAUGGUUAACAAUGCAGAGAUUAUACUUCAUGAUAGUAAAAGUGAAUAUGAUGAGACGACGGAGUAUGCAAGUUUCUGGUCAUUAUCUGUUGGACAGCUGACAAUCCUGCGUAAAUUAGCUUUAAUACAGUUGGCGAGUUUAGCUGAGAAACAUUGUUCGAUUAAUCGUUCACCAUUUAGUUGGCGAUUUAUUAAAUAUCGUGCUCUACUGUCUAGUGGUGAUUCAAAUCUCUUAGCAAAUUCAUUAACCACUUCACCUUUAUCAGAUAAAAAAGCAUUUUCUAAUUCAAAUGAUGAAACUUGGGCUACUCGAUUGAAUUCCACUGAGCCAAAUAGUAUUAUGUCUCAACAAAAUGAACGUAUUAUCACACAGUUACCAGUUCAUCAUAAUGUAGCAUAUAGUGGUCCUGUAUUCGGCCAGUCAUUGUCUAGUUGGCAACGUAGACUUGGUUAUCCACUGCCACCAGCUGUUGUACAUAUGAUGGAUCAUUUAGAAAUGAAUGGAACUACAGCGCAUGGAAUAUUUCGACGUCCUGGAGGUAAAUUAAGAAUGUUGGCGUUAAGAGAAGAAAUUGAACGGGAUAUAAAUUGGAAGAAAUUUGAUGACUGGCAACCGUAUGAUAUAGCCGACCUGUUGAAACAAUUCUUUCGUGAACUACCUGAAUGUCUAUUUACAAGUAAACUGGCAACUGUACUUGUCAAUGUUUACGUAUGUGUUCCAAAUUCAGUUCAAAUUGAUCUACUUCGCUGGAUAUUAAUUAGUCUACCGGAUGAAAAUCGUAUUGUAUUACAGAAGUUAUUAUACCUUCUGAAUCAUUUAUCACGUCAUAGUGAUGUGACUGAGAUGAGCGCUAGUAAUCUGGCAGUUUGUUUUGCUCCAUCCCUUUAUCGAUUAAUUAAACCGCCAACAUUGUCUAAUCAAGGCGUUAGUCUUAGUCCACGACGUUUAAGACGAACAACUAGUGGACCAGAUCCAAAAGAUUUAGCUGAUCAACGAGCUGCUCAACUUAGUCUAAGUGCAAUGAUUAAUUUAGCACCGAAUUUAUUUCAAAUAUCAUGUUCUCUAUUGAACCACUCAACUCUACUAACAAGUUUAACGCCUAUACCACAAGAUUUAGAAACAAUUAUAGCUAAUGGUGAUUGGCCACAAUGGAUACAAACAUCAUUGACUGAUUUAAUACGUGAAUGUUCAUCAUCUAAGUCUAAAGGUUGGAAUGUAAUCAAUCGUGAAGCUAUGAAAUGUUAUGGUGUUGAUUCUGGAGCUAAUGAACUAUUGGAUGGUUUUGAAGUUCAUUACAAAAAGAUUCCGAAUUCAAGUGAAACAAAAACUACACCGAACACCUUACGUUUAUGGCGUUGUUCACUUCACAUUCCGGAAUCGAAUCCACGUGUUAUAUUGAAUCGAUUCUCUGAAGACAGAACUUCAUGGGAUCCAGAAGUGGCAGAAAUGAAAAUUAUUGAUCAAAUAUCUGAUUGUGUUGAAUUGUGUGAAUUACACAUGGCUUAUACAUAUCCACAACCGAAGUGUGUACUUCAUUUAAUCCGUGGUCUUCAGUAUACCCUAGACGAUGGCUGCUGUGCUAUGCUAAGUGAAUCAAUAACGAAUAACAGUUUUCCAAAUGUAAAUACACCUUUCUGUGUACAGUCAACAACAGCGACAACAGCAACUGGAACUGGAACUACUGGAAUGAAUCCAAGCGGAAAUAGCAUACUUGGUCAUGUCUAUGAAGAUCAUGUUUACAUUCGUCCAAGUAAUGAUGGUCAAGGUUGUCGUGUGUAUUUACUAUCACGUAUAGAUUUGAAAGGCUAUGGACCUGAUUGGUAUGUAAAUCAAUGGGGACACACAUUAUGUCGAAGAUUAGUAAAUCUAAAAAGAUCCUUUCAAAAGUCCAAACCAUUACCAGUUUUAGUUUAUGAAUUAGACGAAUCCGUUAAUCGACCUUCUCCGCCACCCUAUGCCACUAUUACAACUACUGCUACUACUACUACGACCAUUGAUGAUAACAGUCAAAUUAUCCCAUCGACAGUAGAAACUUCAUCAUCUCCGACGUUGUCAGCAGUUACCAGUACAACAACAACAACUACAAAAACAGCAACAACGACUGUUGUGAUUAACAGAUUCUAA